GAAGACCUGCCACAGGGCAGCCAGUGGAGACAACCCGACCACAGAGACUGACAUCGCGACAGGACCCGCCCCUCUGCCUCCACCUCUCCGGGACCUCUGCUGCUCCGCCGCCCCGCCAAGUGCUGGGGGCCGGCCGCCUGUCACGCUCCAGCAGGGGGACCCUCGGCUACGCAGUCAGCUGGCGCCCGCGUAGAUGGCGAGGAGCCCCCACGGCCUCCUGAUGCUGCUGCUCCUGCACUACUUAAUGGUCGCCCUGGACUAUCAUAAGGCGAAUGGACUUUCUGCAUCAAAAGACCACCAAGAAGUUACAGUAAUAGAGUACCAAGAGGCUAUUUUAGCUUGUAAAACCCCAAAGAAGACGACCUCCUCCAGAUUAGAGUGGAAGAAACUGGGACAGGGUGUCUCCUUGGUUUACUACCAACAGGCUCUCCAAGGUGACUUUAAAGAUCGUGCUGAGAUGAUAGAUUUCAAUAUACGAAUCAAAAAUGUUACAAGAAAUGAUGCUGGAAAGUAUCGCUGUGAAGUCAGUGCUCCAUCUGAUCAAGGCCAAAACCUGCAGGAAGAUACAGUCACCCUAGAAGUCUUGGUGGCCCCUGCAGUUCCUUCCUGUGAAGUGCCCACUUCUGUCAUGAGUGGGAGUGUUGUAGAGCUGCGCUGUCAAGAUAAAGAAGGAAACCCCGCUCCCGAAUACACAUGGUUUAAAGACGGCACCAGUUUACUAGGGAACCAAAAGCUUGGCAAACACAACAGCUCAUACACAAUGAAUACAAAAUCUGGGAUUCUGCAAUUUAACAUGAUAUCCAAGAUGGACAGCGGAGAGUAUUACUGCGAAGCCCGUAAUUCCGUCGGACACCGCAGGUGCCCCGGGAAACGAAUGCAAGUAGAUGUUCUCAACAUAAGUGGCAUCAUAGCAGCUGUAGUAGUUGUGGCCUUUGUGAUUUCUGUAUGUGGCCUUAGUGUGUGCUAUGCUCAGAGAAAAGGCUACUUUUCAAAAGAAUCUUCCUUCCAGAAGGGCAGUCCUGCUUCUAAAGCCAUGGCAAUGAGUGAAAACGAUUUCAAGCACACAAAAUCCUUUAUAAUUUAAAAGAAUUCCACUUUCAAGAUGCGCCAAAACCAGUUGUCACACAAGUCAUUAAAAUAUUAUAAAAAUCUGCUUUGUCUUACAUUUGCAAAGAGAUGAACGAGGAAAUUACAUCAUAAUUUUUAUGACCUCUAGUUUACCUGAAAUUGUUAUUUUAAGCAAAGAGUUCUUGUCACCACUUAAAAUACAGUCUGGCAUCCUGUGUCUGAACUAAAGAGAAGUGAAAUACCUGGUAAUAUUCAGAGUUUUGUGAAAUGCAAAUGAACAUUCAAAGUUUUAGAAAAUUUAAUAUAUCAUUGACUGUGAAGCUAACCUAAGAGGCAAGUAUACAAUGCAUGUGCUCUCUGUGCAACAGUGGCUUGUGUGUUCAGGAAAUACUCUAAUGAAUGGAAACUCUGAUCUCAAGAUUCCCACCAGAACCUUCUUACCACAAAAUACCCCUUAUUCAUGUGGUCCUUUGCUCUAAGCUAUCCGCAAGGGAAGCCCAGGGCUCCGUCCUACGCCCAAGGAUUUGCACUUCGUGUUUACUUUCACUUCUCAGAACCAAAGUCAACACGAAUGGAGCUGCUUGCUACAAUUUCCAUUUCCUGAACCUCCUUUGGAGAGGCUCAGUAUCAGAGUGUACUAUUAGAACCUACACAACUUUGCAGACACCUUGCUCUGCCUGAGGUGAUCUUAUACCUAUCUCUAAAAGCAAUUCUGAGCUGGGCAGGUCCCCCACUGCUGAAGAUAAGGGGUUGCCAAUCUGCUUAA